AUGCGACACGAAGAUCAGACAGCUUUUAAUCAAGACGUAUCAAAUACAUACGCUAUGGCCUCCGAAAAUCCAGAUGUGCUUCUUUCAAAGAUAGUUAAUGUGAUAAGAGCUGCAUCUUCAUUAGCUGCCCAAGAUGUUGAUUUUUACAGAAAUCUGGAUAGAGAUUUUAGUAAUAUUUUGCAAUCAAAAUCGAACAAGCUUACUGAAAUGGUGAAUGGAAUCGUCCAUUCUAUUGAUGAGCAUCAUGACUCUCUUGAACUAAAAGAGGAAGAAAUAAGUGAUUUAUGGAAAGAUUUUGGAAAUAUAAUGGACAACUUGUUGGAAAAGUCAGAUCAUUCGUUAGACAAUUUAAACCGCACUUCCAACUCCAAUAACAGUGCGGCCGAUCUCCAAUACUUGGGUGAUUUUUCAGGAAAGGACUCACAUCCAACAAAGAGAGUUGAGAAACCUCAGUUGAAGUUUAGAACACCAAUUGAUAACAGUGAAAGUCAUCCAUUCCUACCUUUACUUAAGGAGAAGCCAAAUGCUUUAAAGCCGCUUUCCGAUAGUUUACGGAUGAUUGAGACUGAAGAAAAUAGCCCCGGUCAUUAUCCUCACCCAUAUGAGUAUGAAAUUGACCACCAAGAAUAUAACUCAAGUAUCCUUCAAAUUAAACAAGAAAUACCCUCCAAAUCUUGGGAUGCUUCGGAACCAAUAUGGAUAGAUUCGAAGGCAAAGCUCGAUUCAAUGCUAGAGCAUUUAAAAAAUGCACAAGAAAUCGCUGUUGAUCUUGAGCAUCACGAUUAUAGGUCAUACUAUGGUAUUGUCUGCCUCAUGCAGAUUAGUACUAGGGAGCAAGACUAUUUAGUUGACACUAUUGAACUUCGCGAGGAUUUACAUAUUCUAAAUGAAGUAUUUACAGAUCCAUUAAUUGUGAAAGUAUUUCACGGUGCUUUUAUGGAUAUUAUUUGGCUUCAAAGAGAUUUAGGAUUAUACGUCGUUGGUCUGUUUGAUACUUACCACGCCUCUAAGGCUAUAGGACUUCCUAGGCACAGUUUAGCCUAUCUGUUGGAGAAUUUCGCCAAUUUCAAAACAUCAAAGAAAUACCAGCUGGCUGACUGGCGUAUAAGACCACUCUCAAAACCCAUGACCGCGUAUGCUAGGGCAGAUACCCAUUUCUUACUAAAUAUAUAUGAUCAGCUAAGAAACAAGCUUAUUGAAUCUAAUAAGUUAGCCGGUGUUCUUUAUGAAUCAAGAAAUGUGGCUAAAAGGCGUUUUGAAUAUUCCAAGUAUAGGCCAAUAACGCCCUCUUCAAAAGUUUAUUCUCCAACCGAAAAGGAGAAUCCUUGGAGAGUGUUGAUGUAUCAGUACAAUAUUGCUCCCGAGAGAGAGGAAUUAGUAAAAGCUCUAUAUGAGUGGAGAGACGUUAUAGCAAGACGAGAUGAUGAAUCGCCGAGAUUUAUCAUGCCAAAUCAGCUGUUGGCCGCGCUCGUUGCAUAUACACCCACUGAUGUUAUAGGUGUUGUUUCUCUGACGAAUGGUGUAACAGACCAUGUUCGUCAAAAUGCGACAAUACUGGCCAAUUUGAUCAAGAGUACACUAAGAAGUAUGAAGGACACUCAUAAGGAAAGCGCUGCAAUUGUGUCGUCUGAGCUUAAGUCCAAUAGCGCUUCGUUAGAAGCUAUCACAGUUCCUCAAAUUCGUAACAUUAUGGAUAGAUUUUCAGUAUUUUCCAGCAACAGCGUUACGGAGGAUCGAAGCAUGGAUAGUACUACAUCUUCCAUUCUUUUAGGUAAGAUUUUACCACAUGAAGAGGGUGAUGUUGUGUAUGAGGACAGAGGCAUACCGCAUAAAGUUGAGGUUGAAGAUGUGAGAGGCCGGGCUCAAAGAUUCAAUUCUGCAUUAGCAGCGUUGGAAGACAUCAAAUUUGAGGUAGAAAAGCCAGUCGACGUAGAAAAGAGCGAAAAGGUGAAAAUUGAAACUACACCUGAGCCUCAAACUAAAACCGAGAAUCCUGACGAAGUUAUUGUUUUGAAGAAAAAACAGAUACAUAAGAAGGAGGCAGCGAAAAGGAGUAGUGCGGCAGCCGAAGAAGCUGUUGAUUACUCUAAAAUGCCUGAUGUCUUAUCCAAUAAACCAGGGCAAAAUAAUAGGCAACAGAGGAAAAGAAGAUUCGAUCCAUCCUUUAACGAAAGUGAGGGACCAAGAGCUCCGAAAAAGAAAAGACCUACGACCAGGGGUAAGAACGUAUCUUUUAAAAGGUGA